AUGCCAGGUGCAGCCGCAGACCGCAAGACAGACCUGGCACGGGCACAAGAUGACAUCCUCGUCCUCCUCGUCUGCCUCCAGCACCUCCAGCAGCAUCCCAUCAAUUGGCAGGAAGCAGCAGCCACAGCCACCGAACCACCCUGUCGCAUCUCCUUCCAGAGUCUACGCUCACGCUACCACUCUAUCCUCGAGCGAUAUGGCGCAACGGGGUUGAAGUCGAUGCAAGCAACGGGCACAAAGGAACGCAGGACACCUGUGCAGCGAGGAGGGAAGCGGGCGCGUGUACAGUACCUCGAGAGCGAUCGAUCGGUGGAUAUGGCAGCCACGCAAGAAGGACAUCCGGUCAAGAGACAGCGCCUGUCACAGCAUAUUCAGCGACGCAUGCAAGCAGCAGAGACAGACGAACCAGCGAGUGAUCUCGACGACCUCUCCAGUAAUCCACCACGCUGGAUACAAGAGCAGCAGCAACAGCGAUUGCAGCAAGUCACUGCGAUGCAACGAGGUACGAGCAAGGGUAUCUCUGCCAGAGAACUGCGUGACUUGACCAUGUCAACGAUGCAGAGACAGCAAGCACCAGCUUUAGCAGCGGAAGCAACAGCACCCUCGCUCAAAGUAGUGCUCAAGGUGAAUUACCAACGUCAUUGGCAUCUCCUCAGCACGUCUUUACCCAGUACAAGGCUGCAUCCUCGUCCUGCUGUGAGUCUGCGUCGACCCGCACCGCAAGUCCUACAACGCCACAGUCGCGCGUCAUCUUCCUCCUCUCACUCGCGGUCUCCAUCAACCGGACUGAUGCCUGCAGCUGCAGGAAUGGAUGUGGAUGCUUGGAAGCGAGAAAGCUCAGAGUUGACCUCGCCACCUGCUUCUUCUUCGUCUCCCGUGUCCUCACCUGGAAUACAGAGUACACAGACGCAUGCUUACACUUGGCAGACGCAAGAUGAGCCUCUUCCGACACAGCAUGACAAUGCUGAAGGGGUCCAUGUUGAAGACCAUGAUUUCGAUCCAGCGUGGAUCUUGCCAACAGAGGCAUCAAAGCAGCAGCAACAACAGCAUGAUGGCAAUAUUCAGAUUUUAGCGGAUGCAGCAGCCAUGGCUAACAAGCACUACGAGGAGGAAUUGCGCUCCAUGUUGCUUCCCUGUCGCCCAAGCAGCGAUGAUGGAUUCGCCAUGCUGCAGCGACGACUGUCUUUUGAGCACCGCGUGAUUGGGUAUGAGGAAGGCGAAGGAUGGCUAUCGCCGAGGGAGUAG